AUGGAACUCGCUGUUGCACCACCGUCGCGCGUCGCAGCGGGUGUCACCCUUGAGACACCCCUCGUGGUGACAUUCUUGGGACCACCAUCCACAUCAGACGACAAGUGCGAAAACGAAGAAGCCUUUACACUCGCCGAAACAAGCGGGAUAUGGGUUUUCCUAUCUCUAACCACACCGGACAUGCAGGAAAGCCUAGCUCCGCCGCGGGAAGAUCUCUUGUGUGGUAGUAGGGCCGACUCCAUACAUGCCCUCUGCGAGGAACAGGAGGGCGAGCGACCGACCAUCGCAUAUGCAAUGUUUCCCGGUCUUGUGAUCACGCAACCCGGCACUUACCGCAUCAAAGUCAACAUCAUCGAUAUGAAUGCGACACUCAGGCUAGACAAUGAAGAUGAAAGGGCAGCUACGGUUCUGCCAUGCCUUCACUCGCCAGUCUUUGAAGUCGUCGAAGCCAGCGAGCACAGUGGAAAUGAGCCACAGGUUGCGGAGACAGUCAGGCGGUUGAAGUCAAUUGGUAUCAAUUUCGGAGGCGAGGACGAGGGGUCAGGUGAUUGA